AUGACCUCAAUCUGGACUGCAUCGCGCGCCAUUGUCGACCAUCGAGGCGAUCGGACUAACCAGCCCUUGUUUGCUCACUACUGUCUGUCAUGGGCUGUGGACCUGGACCUGGACCUGGACCUGGCCCUGGCCCAGGACCCGGCCCUCACACUCACUAUUAUCCUUGCCCUCGCGCGCCCGCCGCCCUCGCACUCACCUCACAUCACCAUCUCGCUCUCGAAUCCCCGAAGCUUCAUCUCACCCUCUCCCCCCUUGCGCAAGACCAAGCCCAGGCCAAGUCUCACAGGCACAGCUGACGACCGUUGCUUGUGUGCUGGCUGCAUGCUAGAUCAGGCCUCGCCAGAGAGGCGCGACCUGUGCCGCCGGCUCUCCACCGUCACCGCGCGCGUCUCUGCCCUUCUCUGCCCUGCUCUAAAGAGCAAACAACAACAACAACAGCACUGCGACCGGCCGCGUUGCUUGCAGCGUCUCAGCCCUGUCUUGUCACGCUCCACGGUCAUGGUCAAGGUCACGGUCGCCGACCGGCCCUCUUCUCCCUCACAACGAGACCCCGAGGCCUGGGCAUACAAACAGCUCGAGAUCUGCAUCAGUGAUCUGUCUGCUCGUUCAGCCCGCCCUCCUGUCCUGCACACCCCUGCUAUUCUGUAA